AUGAGCCCGCCUCAAGCCCGACGAACUCGAGCUGAGCCCAUCCAGAGUUCCACCGGAACGUCCAGGCAGCAAGAGGAUCAUGGGGAAAAAUCCAGUACAUCACCACCAGUAGCAGUGAACUUCAACAACAAAAUGAUCAAUGUGAAAGCACAGAACAUGAACCAAGGAGAAGCAGAUCAACAGUCAGUGCUGGCAACAGCACCAGUAAAAGUAAUAUCACCGAGAGGAUUCACGACAAAAGCCAGAGCACUCAUCGACCAGGGUUCAGAGGUAUCGUUUAUCUCCGAACAAUUAGUUAGUCAACUGCAUCUACAGAGAAGAGCAUCAACAGUGGAGCUAGUGGGAAUUGGUGGAAUUAAUUCAGGACACACCAGAGGAAUAGUUUCAGUCAUUCUACAAGCGAGCCAUGGGACUCAUCAACUGCAACUCAACGCCCACAUUCUAAAGAAGCUCACUACAAUAAUUCCGUCAUUCUCAUGCUCAUCAGCGAGGAUCGGCUCACUUCAGAAUCUUCAACUAGCCGAUCCCCAUUAUCUAAGGCCUGGACCAAUCGACAUCAUACUAGGGGCUGACAACUAUGGGCAGAUCAUCAUGGAUGAAGUUGUCAAGUCAGAGCAAUCGAGAGUAGUUGGCCAACGCACAGUAUUCGGUUGGAUACUAUCCGGACCAAUCGAAUACACAAAUUGUUCAAUAAAGGUAUCUCUAUCAGCUGUACGAGUAUCUUUAAAUGAACAACUUCUAAAGUUUCUCCAGAAAUUUUGGGUCCAGGAAGAACUGCCAAACGAGAGAUCAUCAACAUCAGAGCUUUCACCAGAUGAGUACGAGUGCGAGAUGCACUUUACAGCAACUCAUAGCAGAGACAACACCGGGCGAUAUAUCGUGAGACUGCCCCUCAAAACUUCAGCAGCAGUGCUCGGAGAAUCCAAAUUUAAAGCAGCACGUCAACUCAAAUCGAUCGUGAGUCCACUCAACACAGAUCAAGCAUACUCUCAGUUGUACAGAGAGUUCAUCAACGAGUACGCAGCACUGGAGCACAUGAGAAUACCAUCAGAGACUCCAGAACCCGUGCCAGCCUAG